AUGGGGAAAGGAACUGAUAAACUUUAUAUUACCCAUUCAGAAUGGGCGUCUGAAGAUGCAUAUUCGGCCAGUGCCGGUUCCGGUGUCAGAUCGAAAGCAGUAACUGUGCAUUCUUCCCUUAAACGACUCCCAUAUAAUUUUUGUUCGCUCUCCCUACAACCAUUUUCGCACCCCGUUUGUACACUCUCCGGUACCACCUUCGACCUAACGAACAUCCUCCCUUGGAUCAAGAAGCAUGGAACAAACCCUGUGAACGGCAAACCACUUAAAAGCUCUGACCUGAUCAAGUUAAACUUCGCGAAAAAUGACGAAGGCGAAUACGUAGACCCGGUCACCUAUAAGGUGUUCACGGACAAUACACAUAUUGUGGCGCUGAAGCCGUCGGGUAAUGUCUUUGCGUGGGAUACAGUAGAGAAGCUGAAUGUCAAGGCCAAGAUGUGGAAGGAUCUUGUAUCUGAUCAGGAGUUUGGACGGAAGGACAUCAUUACUUUGCAGGAUCCGCAGAAUGUCGAAUCGAGAAACCUCAGUUCGUUUAAGUUCCUGAAAGAUGGAGAAAGCGGGCUGUCGGACGAACAAUUGCGGGAGCAAGGCGAUAAUGUGAAUUUGAAUGCCAUGGGGAGCUCAGCGAAGAUCUUGAAAGCUAAGGAAGCUGUCGCGAAAGCACGCGCGGAGCGUGAACAGAAGGCAAAUGCUAAAGCUCUUGGGAAAUCGAAUAUUAGGGAUGCAUUUACAGCCUCGGGCAAGAGUGUUUCCGCCAAAGGCUCAGCAAUGACUCAAAAACCAACUCCUUACAACGCUGCGAAACACACCACUGGGCUUGCAGCUGCCUCCUUUACUAGCACCGGUCUCACGCCUCAUACGUCUGCUGACCUUGCGCUUCUUACGGACGAACAAUAUAUGUUGCGGCGAGGUCGUGUUAAGAUUAAGGGAUAUGUACGUAUUAACACCACGAUGGGGGAUCUCAAUCUCGAACUAUUCACAGAAAAUGCGCCAAAGGCAGUAUGGAAUUUCAUUCAGUUAGCCAAGAAGGGAUAUUAUAAUGAUGUUACAUUUCACCGGAACAUUAAGGGUUUCAUGAUCCAAGGCGGUGAUCCCACAGGUACCGGUAGAGGAGGCGAAAGUAUCUGGGGCAAAUACUUCGAAGAUGAGAUCGAGGGUCCCCUCAAACACGAUGCAAGAGGAAUGGUGAGCAUGGCUAAUAAAGGGAAAAACUCGAAUGGUAGUCAAUUCUUCAUCUCCUAUCGAGCUCUUCCCCAUCUAAACCUUAAACACACCAUAUUCGCCCGCCUAAUCGAUGAUCCUUCUCCGUCAUCCACAACACUCAACGCCCUCGAAAUUGCCCCUGUCGAUUCCAACAAUAAACCCAUAACACCCAUUCGCAUCACCAAUAUAACGAUCUUUAUAGAUCCAUUCGAAGAAUUCCUAAAUCAGAAACGUGCUGAAGAGAAAUUACAAGCUGGCUCUGGCUCUGGCGCCUCGAAUGGUUCUGGCUUAGAAGACGGUCAAAAUGAUGACCAAAUGACCUGGACAGGCAAGCGGAUUCGAACUGGUGGUGGAGCCAACGGCUCUUCCACAUCAACUGGCGAUACGGGUGUGGGGAAGUAUCUCAAGGCUGCAACUGCAGCUGCCGCUCAUCAAAAAAAGUCGGGUGAGGAUGAAAUCCUAGAUGUUGUUGAUGACGAGCCCGAGCCUGAGCAUGUGAGGAAGAAGUUCAAGGCUGUCAGUGGGAGUGGUGGGUUUGGUAAUUUUGAUAAUUGGUGA